AUGGCAGGUGGCAGUCCAGCGGCUAAGAAGGUGGUGGUUUACCGUAAUGGGGACCCCUUCUCCCCAGGCCGCCAGCUGGUGGUGACUCAACGCCGCUUCCCCACCCUGGAGACCUUCCUCUGUGAGGUGACAGCAGCAGUGCAGGCCCCUCUGGCUGUGCGUGCCCUCUACACGCCCCGUCAUGGCCACCCUGUCACUGACUUGGCCGACUUGCAAAACGGAGGACGGUAUGUGGCUGCCGGCUUCGAACCAUUCCGCAAGCUCCACUACUUAGUCCCUGGAGCGAAGGAUCCUGGUGGAAAGAGCAGCAGACCACCAGGUCCUCCUGUGACUCACCACCAGUGUGAUGGGGACCUUGGAUGGCAACUACCUGCAGGUUCUUCCUGCUCUAUCCAUGUGUUCAGGAAUGGGGACCUAUCAAGCCCCCCAUUUAGCCUAAAGUUGUCCCAGGUUGCCAGUAAAGACUGGGAAGCGGUGUUGAGGAUCCUAACGGAGAAGGCCAAGUUGAAGAGCGGGGCCGUGUGCAAGCUCUGCACCAUGGAAGGGCUCCCACUGUCAGCAGGGGAGGCCCUGGCGAGUGGCCGGUACUAUGUGGCUGUUGGAGAGGAUGAGUUCAAGGCCCUCCCCUACCUGGAGCUGCUGGUGCCCCGCUCCUCGCUCCAUGGGGGGUGCUGGUAUCCCCCAGAUCUGAAGUCUAGACCCUAUAAGCAGGGGGCCCGCAGCCCCAAGGCACAGGCAGCCCAGCCCUCUCCAGAGGAACCAAGACUAGUAGGGUCAUCUGCUUUCUACGCCAGACCCCAGAAGGCCAUUCAGCCAAAAAGCAAGGUUCCCACACUCUCUCUCUCAUCAGUCAAGGGAGUGUAUGGCGCAGCCGGCCCAAGGAGGGAGACGGCAGGGGCGCAGGAAGUAGCAGAAGAUGAAGACACCAGGACAGAGGAACCCGUGGAUCAGGAGGCUGGAGCCUGGAGCCUGGACCUGGGAUGCUAAAUUAAGGCUCCGUUCUGCCUCCAGAGGGCAGCAGACAGCGGCAGAGGCCUGAGGCUGGGGCUGCUCUCAGCCUCAGCUCCUACCCCACCCUGUUGAGAGCCUGCAGCAGCUCCAGCCCAGACCUGGACGGCCACUCUGCAGCUUCCUGAGGCCUGUUUCCGAUGAACCAGCACCUCCCCUGGGCUCACAGGGUGCACUGCAGCGUCCUCUGUCCUUCCCCACUCCGCUCUUAAACCCACAGCCCAGGCUUUUCCCCUCUGAGUAGAGUAGCCCGCCCCCCUCCCCCAGACCAGUUCCUAUGGGGCUCUGUGGCCAGAGAAAGUGGCUCAGCUGAGCUUGGUCAGGAGA